AUGUAUUUAAAAAACCUCGAUGAGCAAAAAAAUCAAGAGACAAUUAAAUAUUUAAAGAAUUGUAUUAAUAAUAAACACAAAGAUAUUGAUUUAUCUGAAAUUAGAGUUGUUUUUUAUAUGAUAUUACAUAAUUAUUUAAAAAAAUUAUAUGAGGACCCACCCUACUAUAUAAAUGAAAAUUUUUCACUUUUAAGUAAUGAUUUAUCGUGUUACAUUUAUAAGCAACUGAAUAGUUUUAUAGAAUACCAAUAUACUUGCUUAAAGAAAAAAUUAGUAAAUAUGAAUCAAUCUGAUGUUAAUCUAAAAAAAUUUUUAAAUGACGAUCAAUUUUAUUUUAUUUCAUAUUUAAAAAAAUAUGUGAGUUGUAAAAAAUAUUUACGUAAUUCUAUUUUACAAAAGUGUAUAAUUAAAAGAGUUAAUGAUAUGUCAUAUAAAUGGUUUACAGACUCUUAUUUUCUGGCAUCUUGCUUUAAAUCGAUAAAACUGAAAAAAGAUAUGAUAAUUGAGACUUUAGAAUGUGAUAAUGUGAAAGAAAUUUAUGGUAUCACUUUAGAUGAAGAUCAUAAAAAAUUUAUAAUACAAUUUAGUAAAUUUGUAAAUUUUAUGAAGGAAAUGUAUUUUACUGCAAAACAUUUUUAUGAGGAAGGAAAAGAAGUGGAUAUGGAUCAAGUAAAAACCAAUGGAUUGAAAUUUAAGCUUUUAGUGCUAGAAUGUGAAAAAUGUUUUGAAAAAUUAGAAUUUGAAAGCAAUAAAAAACUUUAUCUUUUAUAUAGCAAUAUACUUGGAAAACUAGAAAAUCUUACAUCUUACUUUAUUUCAAUUACUAGUUGUGAUAUUGAUUCAAAAUAUUUUAAUCAGCAUGAAGAAUGGACUUUUUUAUCAGAAGAUGCAUAUUUGAUUGAAUAA